CAUGGCUGCGGCCUGCUCUCUCCCCAGGACCCCGGACCUGCCCACGCUGCACACCAAGUUACAGGACUUGCUGAGCUUCCUCAGGGGCGCCCUGGCCAUUUCCAGCGCGCACACGGUGGACUUCUACACCAAGUCGAUCUGGCAGGAGCUGGUCGACCUGCCCCCUGAGAGCGUGCUGGCGGCGCUGAGGAAGUCGGCGGCGGAGGCCGAGCCGCGUGAGCCGCUUCCCCUGGGGGAGGCAGAGGCGGGAUCAGGUUUCACUGAUCUCCCCAAAAUAUUUUGUGAAACUUCUCAGAAGCUGUUGAGUGUGGAAGCCUUUGCUCUAACUGCAAAACACUACUCUGUGCAGAACUUGGGACUGUGUACUCCUUUUGAGCAGUUGCUUACAGCCCUCCGAGUAAACAAAAACCAGAGAAUUGAUGAAAAUGUGAAGGCGAUUGAGUUUAUGAAUACAAAAAAAUCUCAUGAGGUUCAGGCAAUGUCAGAGCUAAUCUGCAGUAUUGCUGAUUACUGUGGCUUAAAGCAGGUAAUUGACGUGGGUUCUGGUAAAGGCUACCUAAGUUCCUUUUUAUCCUUAAAAUACGGUUUGAACGUUUAUGGCAUCGAUUCCUCAAACACUAAUACUCAUGGAGCUAAGGAGAGAAACAGGAAGUUGAAGAAACACUGGAACCUGUAUCAUUCUCAGUUAAGAACAGAUGCCAAUGGAUUGCCAUUAAAAAUGCCAAAAGAUUUGCAAGUACAAAAGGAAGUCAAGUGUAAGGGUGACUCUGAGAGUGUGCAGAGGAGCAGGCUUGGGAAUCAAGACAUGGCUGCUGAUGUUUUGCCAGAUUUUUCAGGGUCUGCAAUUUCAAUCAGGAGAAAACAGCAAAGAAAUCUACUUGCUCAGCCAGUUGAGGAAGAAAAUUUGUGUUUCGAAGAUGCCUUUUCUUUCAUAGACUUUUUGCCUGUAGAUGCCAUCGAACCUACUUCAUCACAGGUGCCCGACACAGAAAUGUCUGGACUGAGGAAAGAGAGAAGAAAUGCUACAUCCAAAGCAAGGGACUCAAGCAUAUAUUCACCACUGACCUCUUUCAUCACUGCCGAUUCACAAUUGCAUGACAUUAUUGAAGAUCUGGAGGACUGUUUAAUGGUGGGGUUGCAUACUUGUGGUGACCUUGCACCCAGUACUCUGCGGAUAUUUGCAUCCAAGGCUGAAGUCAAGGGAGUUUGCAGUGUGGGUUGUUGCUACCAUCUCUUAUCUGAGGAAUUUGAACACCAGCAUAAAGGAUAUGCUAAAGAAAAGUGGGGAUUUCCAAUGUGUCACUAUCUGAAAGAGGAGAGAUGGUGCUGUGGGCGGAAUGCGAGAAUGUCAGCGUGUUUGGCGUUGGAGCGGGUUGCAGUUGGCCAAGGGCUGCCUACUGAAUCACUCUUCUAUCGUGCUGUUCUUCAGAAUAUUAUUAAAGAUUAUUAUGGCAUCAACAAAUGUGAACAGCACGUUGGUAAAAUUUAUUCCAAAUGUUCUUCUUUUCUGGAGUAUGUCAGAAUGUCUCUACAGAAGCUCGGCUUAGAUGAAUCCAAGGUCUCUGAAGAAAUUAUAAUGGACUACUAUGAGAAAUAUAAGCCUAGGAUGAAUGAGCUAGAGGCAUUUAAUAUGUUGAAAGUUGUGCUGGCUCCUUGCAUAGAAACACUGAUUCUUCUUGAUCGACUUUGUUACCUGAAGGAACAGGACGAUGUAGCCUGGUCUGCUCUUGUGAAGUUGUUUGACCCUGUGCAGUCUCCCAGAUGCUACGCUGUCAUUGCUCUGAAGAAGUAGUGUGAUCCCAGCUGAAGCAGGGUGUGAGACAGACUGGUUGGGGACUUACUCAAAACCUGCUUUUCUAAACAUUUAUAUCCUAUUAUGUAAACAUUUUAAA